AGGACCGGACUAAUUUAUCGGUGCACCGCUGUGCUCUCUGCCGGUGAGAAAGAAACUGUUUCCAGUCAAAUCUUGUCCCAGACCUGUCAGUAAACCAGCAAAUCUGGAACACAAUGUAAUGCAAAAUGUGUUUGCGUGAAAAUUCCUGGAACAGGAAGAUGGCGCUCCGUGCCUGUGGCUUCAUUGUGUUUCGUCGUCUCUUGAGCUGUGUUUCUCCAUCAGACAACAUCGAGUACCUCCUCUUGCAGACCUCUUACGGGGAGCACCACUGGACCCCACCUAAAGGUCACGUGGACCCAGGUGAGGAUGACCUCACCACAGCUCUGAGAGAGACCAAGGAGGAAGCGGGGCUGGGCACGGAGCACCUGCGGGUGAUUGAGGACUUCGUGCAGGAGCUGCACUAUGAGGUGCGAGGCAAACCCAAGGAGGUGCUGUACUGGCUGGCCGAGCUGAGAGACCCCGGGACGGCGGUGACUUUGUCUGAGGAGCACCAGGACUACCGCUGGGCCCGGCUGGAGGAAGCCUGCAUUCUUGCCCAGUACAAAGACCUGCAAGAUACACUGAGAGCAGCACAGAGACACUUAGAGGCUCAGCAGAACAAACAGUGACAUGGCAGAGUGUAGACUGUACAGACAGGAUGAUUUUAAAAAGGGAUGAAUUGUUGUAUCAAGUGCUUGUACAUCAAGUACGUCUUCUAAUUCAUGUGAUUAUGGAUGCUGAUCAGUGUUGAGUACUGUAAGUCUUGGUUUAAAUACUUUGUCUUCCCUGUGCAGUGUUCAGUAAGGAGGAGAAAGCUGCAGGUGCAGUGUCCCUUUUGUCAAAGGUGAGCAGGGAGAAAAUGAACCAGUGGUUCAAUCAGUGUCUUUGCAUCUUCCAAGUCAUAUACAAUAAGAUUAAAUUCAUUAAUGUCAUUAAUUUGAAUGUAAAUAAACUAAAACACAAACUCAGAGCACAAAACUGAGUGAAGGACAAACACAAUCAAGGGGGCACCUAUCACUAUUAUCACUAGAGUCCUGCUAGAAGUCAGUAAUACACUGUUCCAAUAAAAUAUAUUUGAAAUAACA